AUGAUACUAAGAGAAAAAUCGACCCGAGUCUUGUUCACCGUGGUCGAAACUAUUGUGAUGAUUUUGAUACAACAUUACUCAACAAUACUCCAAAAGUGUAUAUUUAGGCUUAAUAAGUACAGUCAAAGUGGUGUUAUUGAAAAGUUAUUAUUAUUUCUAAAAACUUUGAACAGAACAUCUCCCAAUAUUUUAUAUGCAUUUUCACAAGUCCAUAAAGCAAUUCGUCAAUCUGCAACCUUUACUGGAAAUGAAAAGAUAUUUAUGAAUAAUCUUAAAGCAGGAACUGUGAUAGGACAAUUGACAAUUUACACAAUGUCCGAACAAUAUGAGAUAUCCUCGUACACUUUUAUUGAUGCCUCAUGGAGCAGUGCAGAUAUUAAAUUUGAUUUUCCAUUAUUAGUAAGUGUUCAUACACCUUACACCGGAAUGUCUACUACCUCCCUUAGACCAAAAUUUAUAAGAUCAAAUAGUAGUGUUACUGUUGUGCCAUAUUCAGCAGGAGCUUCCUCGCUAUAUUUUUUCAGAGUGUUAUCAUCACUUUAUAAUUCUUUAAAUGUACCUACAAGUGCAGGAUCAAGACUACAACUCGAAUACUGA